UCGGAAGGAAGGGCUGCAGCUUACAGCAACAGAGUUUAGACUGUCUUUGCUUCAUCAUCUGAAGGCAAAAAUUUCCAGAUACGGCAGACGGCUCUCCGAGUACAAUAAACAGGGAAUGAGAACUAUUUACACGGACAUGUUUUCUUCAUAAAGCAGUGAGAAACCUCGACCACUCGAUUCUGCCAGAUGUUCCUGAGGUUACUGUAAGUGGGAAGGACAGACAGAGCUAAACAAGGUUUAUGAUUUACAAGUGCCCGUGUAAAGUCAUUUUUACCAGAUAUUUCUGCAGCCUGGGAGUCCUUUGUAUGUUCAAAUCUUGUUUUUCUGUCAAAUACUGCGUAUCCUGAUUCUCUCACGUGGAAGAAGAUACCUCACUUGUCUGACUUUAUCAAGUGCUUGACUUCAGACUUUAAAAGGUUAGAAGGAAAAUCAAAAUCCUACUAAAAUAUGAACAUCUGAGUGGUUUGUAAUCUGGCAUUGUCCAUAGUGGUCAGCUUCGGAACCAAAUAUUCUCCCCAGGAUUACCAUGGUCUUGAAGUCACUUUAUUAAAAACAGCUGUGUCUGCAAACAGUCAAGACUCUUGGAUGCUUAGAGCUAGAGAUGACACUGAAUGUGCUCUCAUUGUGGUCCGCAGUCUUCAAGUGGGACAUAUUGAUUGAUGAGUGACCCUAUCAAUAAAGUCUCUUCCUUCUCUGCUUCGUGGAUUGGACUUCAUUAAGCAAUUUAUUACAUACCUGAACACUUCCAUGUGGGAUUUUCCACAACAGUAGUUUUGGAAUCAUUGGAAGUCAGAUUGAUUUCAUCAUUUCACAGAAACUGACAGAAUUGAAGUUACUUGUUCAUGAUGGCACUGAAUGUUGCACCUAUCAGAGAUACAAAGUGGCUGACGUUAGAAGUGUGCAGACAGUUUCAGAGAGGAACAUGCUCACGCUCUGAUGAGGAAUGCAAAUUUGCUCACCCCCCAAAAAGUUGCCAGGUAGAAAAUGGAAGAGUAAUUGCCUGUUUUGAUUCUCUAAAGGGUCGCUGUUCAAGAGAGAACUGCAAGUAUCUUCAUCCUCCGACACAUUUAAAAACUCAGCUAGAAAUUAACGGGAGAAACAAUUUGAUCCAGCAAAAAACUGCAGCAGCCAUGCUUGCUCAGCAGAUGCAGUUCAUGUUCCCAGGAACCCCACUUCAUCCAGUGCCCACCUUUCCUGUAGGUCCUGCUAUAGGGGCAAAUACAGCGAUUAGCUUUGCUCCUUAUCUAGCACCUGUAACCCCUGGAGUUGGGUUAGUCCCAACGGAAAUCCUACCCACCACACCUGUUAUUGUUCCUGGAAGUUCACCUGUCACUGUCCCAGGCUCAACUGCGACUCAGAAACUUCUCAGGACUGACAAGCUGGAGGUUUGCAGGGAAUUCCAGCGAGGAAACUGCGCCCGCGGAGAGACCGACUGCCGCUUUGCACACCCUGCAGAUAGUACUAUGAUCGACACAAACGACAACACCGUAACCGUUUGUAUGGAUUACAUAAAGGGGCGUUGCAUGAGGGAGAAAUGCAAAUAUUUUCACCCUCCUGCACACUUGCAGGCCAAAAUCAAAGCUGCGCAGCACCAAGCGAACCAAGCUGCGGUGGCGGCCCAGGCAGCCGCGGCUGCGGCCACAGUCAUGGCCUUUCCUCCUGGUGCUCUUCAUCCUUUACCAAAGAGACAAGCACUAGAAAAAAGCAACGGGGCCAAUGCAGUCUUUAAUCCCAGCGUCUUGCACUACCAGCAGGCUCUAACCAGCGCACAGCUGCAGCAACACGCCGCCUUUAUCCCAACAGGGUCACUUUUGUGCAUGACACCCGCUACCAGUAUUGUACCCAUGAUGCACAGCGCUACGUCCGCCACUGUCUCUGCAGCAACAACUCCUCCAACAAGUGUCCCCUUCGCAGCAGCAGCCACAGCCAAUCAGAUAAUUCUGAAAUAAUCAACAGAAAUGGAAUGGAAUGCCAAGAAUCUGCAUUGAGAAUAACUAAACAUUGUUACUGUACAUACUACCCCGUUUCCUCCUCAAUAGAAUUGCCACAAACUGCAUGCUAAAUAAUGAUUUAGUUCUUCUGGACAGACCACAAACUCUGAGAAGCUAGAGCUGCUAUGUCAUAUAUGAGUAUUAAUAUGGUAUGCUUAGUAUAUUCCAACCUAAGAUAGUUAACUACCUGAUACCAGCUGUGAUGUUUAAAGACUUAAAGGGUAAAGUUUACUUUUAAAGGGUUUCUAAACAUAGUCUCUGUCCUAGGAAUAUUGUCAUAUCUCCAUAACUGUAGCUGAUGCACCGAGUCCAACCAGUUUACUCGUUUUGACUCAAAAUAUCUCAAAUUUAGCAAUAAAAAACUAGCAUUAGUUCAAACAUCUAUUCCAAGGACAAUUUCGAUUCUAACUUCUAAUUAGUCAUUUCAUGUACCCACUGAUCAAAGGGUAUGUUUCACUUCUUGACAAGAUAAAUACUGCAGCAAAGAUGAGAAGUGAAGUAAAACCGAGACCUGUCCUACGGGUCUAAAAUCUGAAUGGAAACUCAAGCACAAGUACAGGGGACACAUCAAAGUGGGGUGUUUGGUUUGCCUGUCGAUACCGCGUUGAAUCAUGUGAUUCUAGAGUAACAUGAAAUAGAUUGAAAAAGAAACUUUGCACGGUAUGAGCUUCAUACCCCACAAACAAAGUCUUGAAGGUAUUAUUUUACAAGUAUAUUUUUCAAGUUGUUUUAUAAGAAUGACUUUGUAGAAGUGCCUAGAUUUUGCCAGACUUCAUCCAGCUUGACAAAGAAAGAGAGGCCCAUGCCAACAGUCUAAUCUGAACGAUUAGUCUUUCAAACUCACCAUCCAGUUGCCUGUUACAGAAUAAUUCUUCAAAACUAAAAAACCUAGUCAAACAAGGAAGCUGUAGAUGAGGAGAUCUGUAUAGUAUUCUAAUUUAAGUAAAUCUGAGUUUAGUCACUGAAAAUCGGACUGUGACUUUAAUCUAAAUUGCUGUGUAAACAAAAAGUAGAUAGUUUCACUUAAAAAAAAAAAUCCAUUACUGUUUUGCAUUUCAAAAGUUGGAUUCAAGGGUUGUAACUGACUAAGCAUGGAAAAAAAAUUAGUUCUUUUAAUUCUUUCACCUUAUUUUAUGUCUCAAAAGUAUAAAAAACUUUAAUACAAGUACAUACAUAUUAUAUAUACACAUACAUAUAUAUACUAUAUAUGGAUGAAACAUAUUUUAAUGUUGUUUACUUUUUUAAAUACUUGGUUGAUCUUCAAGGUAAUAGCGAUACAAUUACAUUUUGUUCAGAAAGUUUGUUUUAAAGUUUAUUUGAAGCACUAUCGUACCAAAUAUUUCAUAUUUCACUUUUAUGUUGCACAUUUCCUAUACAAUACCUGCAUAGUUUUUAAAUUAUUGUUUAAAAAACAAAACAGCUAUUAUAAAUGAAUAUUAUAUGUAAUUGUUUAAAACAUCCAUUUUCUCUGUGGACAUAUUAGUGAUUGAAGUAUUUUGACUUUUGAGAUUGAAUGUAAAAUAUUUUAAAUUUUGGCAUCACUGCCUGUUCUGAAAACUAGAUGCACCAACCAUCUCAUUCUUUGUUUGAGAGAAAAAAAAAAAAAAAUCUGCCAUUUUAAUUCAUGUUGGUCAAGAUCUAAUGACUAUCUAUUAAUCAUAUAUUGUAGAUUUGAUCACCCUAUCAAAAGAAAAUCACGUUCUAAGUGUAAUCCUACAUAGUGCUUGUAAUGUUGCAUUUGUUUUAAUUUGUGGGAAAGUAUUGUAUCUAACUUGUAUUACUUUGGUAGUUUCAUCUUUAUGUAUUCUUGAUAUUUGUAAUUUUCUCAACUAUAACAAUGUAGUUAUGUUACAACUUCCUAACUCAUUCAAACUUACUUUUUUUUUCUUGUUUUCUUUGUUAAUAACUAUUCAUUUAAACUCAUUGAAAACCUAGUAUACAUUACUAAAAGGUAAAUUGUGGGAAUCAUUGAAAUAUUUUUGUAGACUAAUUGUUGUAACAUUGUCUUUUUUGUUUUUGUUUUUGUUUCAUGAUUUUUACUUUCAAAAUUAUUAGCACACAACUAUUUUCAGCCCUUUAAUAAUGAAGCAUCAAGCAAAUAUAGAAGACUGUAUUUUUACUAUGAUAUCCAUUUUCCAGAAUUGUGAUUAUAAUAUGCAAAGAGUCAUAAAUAUGCCAUUUACAGUAAGGAGGAGGCAAGGCAAAUACAUAGAUGUACAAAUAUAUGUACAACAGAUUUUGCUUUUUAUUUAUUUAUAAUGUAAUUUUAUAGAAUAAUUCUGGGAUUUGAGAGGAUCUAAAACUAUUUUUCUGUAUAAAUAUUAUUUGCCAAAAGUUUGUUUAUAUUCAGAAGUCUGACUAUGAUGAAUAAAUCUUAAAUGCUUUGUUUAAUUAACAAAAACAAAAUCACCAAUAUCCAAGACACGAAGUUAUCAAUUCAGUUACUACUGUAGCUAAGAGACUAAUCGUCACUUGUACGGGACUACAUUUCACUCUUGAUUUUCAGGAUCUAACAACACUUCCCCAAAAUAUUCUUUCAGCCAUACCACUGGUAACAUUUCUACUAAACCUUUCUGUACCACUUAAAGAAUUCCUUCAUUCAUAACCUUACAGUGUAAACAGGAGUCUAAUUUGUAUCAAUUCUAUGUUUUGGUUGUAAUAUUCAGUUCACUCACCCAAUGUGCAACCAAUGAAAUAAAAGAAGCAUUUAAAA